GAUCUUGACAGUUUGCGCAUGAAAAGUAACAAAAAACAAACUUGACAUAUGCUGAUAAGAACUUGUUGAACGGUUGUUUUUAGAUAUAAAGUUGUUUUAUUUUCCUGUUUUGUUGCGCACGUUUUUCUCAAGACUAUUAGUUUUAAGUGAAUGUAAAUAAUCUGUUCCUUUAUUCUGUGGGUGCUUUACAACUUGUUAAUUUUAUUUUAAAUAUGUCUUCCAUAUUCUUGAGAAAUCAUGGCGCGACAAUGCUGAAGAAUUGCUUAUCGCAUACGUUUAGAGUUCGUGUAAAACCCGAGAGUGCAACUCUAAUUCGCUGUUUGCACCUGUCUCCAUGCAUGGAAAAAAUAGUGUCAUUUAAGCUAAGUGAUAUCGGCGAAGGCAUACGGGAAGUUACUGUAAAAGAAUGGUUUGUGAAAGUCGGCGACACCGUGGAGCAGUUCGAUGACCUCUGCGAAGUGCAAUCGGAUAAGGCUUCUGUAACAAUCACUAGUCGUUACGAUGGCAAAAUCGUGAAAAUCCACCAUCCAAUUGAUGAUAUUGCUUUGGUCGGCAAACCGCUAUUGGAUUUUGAUGUGGAAGAAGAUGAUGCUGACAAUUCCGACUCGGAGUCUGGCUCAGAUUCAGAAGCGGAAUCCAGCUCAAGCGGGCAAACAAGUAGCGGAAAAGUUGCAAGCGAUCAGGAUGUAGUUCGUAAUAUAACUCUUGCAACGCCGGCAGUGCGUCGCUUGGCUAUGGAAAAUAAAGUAGAUCUCUCCAAAGUGCCGGCUACAGGAAAAUUGGGACGGGUGCUAAAAGGUGAUGUACUCGAGUACCUGGGACAAGUACCUGCUGGCACUAAUAUACCACAUCCGACAAUUGCGGCAAAAUCAGAGUUAUCAUGUGCGCUAAAAGAAGCUCAAAAGUUCGCUCCAUUUGCUGCUGAUCGCAUUGAACCACUGAAAGGUGUACGCAAAGCGAUGAUGAAAUCCAUGUCGGAAUCUUUGAAAAUCCCACAUUUUGCUUAUAGCGAUGAGGUAGACAUGACCAAGCUCAUUGAUUUCCGUGACCAAUUGAAGACAGUAGCUAGUGAACGUGGCAUUCCAAAGCUCACAUUCAUGCCCUUCUGUAUCAAAGCUGCGUCUAUUGCACUUACCAAGUAUCAUAUUUUGAAUAGUUCACUCGAUGUUGAAAAGGAAUCAGUGAUAUACAAAGCUGCGCACAAUGUCAGUGUUGCCAUAGACACGCCACAGGGCUUGAUAGUGCCAAAUAUUAAGAACUGCGAGGCUAAGAAUAUACUGGAUAUUGCCAAGGAUUUGAAUGAGCUGGUCGAAAGUGGUCGCAAAGGUGCAUUAACCCCUCGAGACUUUGCUGAUGGUACUUUUUCACUUUCCAACAUUGGUGUGGUUGGUGGUACUUAUACUCAUCCCUGUAUUAUGGCACCACAAGUGGCCAUCGGCGCUAUGGGACGGACAAGGGCUGUGCCCCGUUUUAAUGAAAAUGACGAAAUCGUUAAAGCUUAUAUCAUGAAUGUCAGUUGGUGUGCAGAUCAUCGUCUUAUUGAUGGCGUCACAAUGGCUCAAUUUUCUAACGUGUGGAAACAAUAUCUGGAGAACCCAGCGUUAUUUUUGCUUAACUAAGUUUUAUGAACUGUUGGGCAAGUCUAAGAAUUUCUGUACGAGUCUAAGAACAUCUUGUCCGAUUUUAGAACUUCAUAAAAAGUUGUGGAAGUGCAAUUUCAACACGAAAGGCUGUUUGCUGCAUUUAUUUACAUAAUACGUUUUUUAUUUUUUCAAUUGUUUAUCGCCGCAGCUUUGUACCAUAUACAGUGCAUUUAACAGAGUUUUAAACCCAAAAUUCAACGAUACAUUCUGUGGGUGCUUAAAAUAUUGUUUGAAUAUAUUUUAUAUGAAACUGGUUUGUGUUUAAAGUAAAUUAUUGAUUAUAAUUCUAUUAUAAGUAACUAUGUACAUAUAUGUGUAUGUAUGUACAUAUGUAAAAUGUUUAAUAAAGUGUACGUAAAAUUUUAAAUAAAGCAAAAAACACUAAGU